UCUGGGCACAAGAAUUGGUGGCUGAGAAUUGCCACGACGCUACGAAAUCGGUAGCGUAUUCCUCCUUGCUACUGCUUUUCAACACUUUCUUCUUACCUCGUAUCUCCCCUUCUUCAUCUCAUCAUUUCUCAGAAACCAAGACCAUGGCUGCUGCUUCUUUCCAGCUUGCAAGCCUUCAAGUCCAAGGCUCGCCGCUCCAAAAAUCCACCUUUCUGGGCCAAACUCACAUCUCCAAUCUCCCUCUCAGACCACCGCCAAAACCACCCGCAUCCUUUGCACUUCAAACCCCCGUCGCUAAAUUCAACCUCUUCGAAGUCCUCGGAGGCAGAGGUCUCUGCAACGGCGAGGAAGGGCUGGAGAAAGAGCUCAAAAAGAGCGUCUCCGAGGGACCGUCUAGCCUUACUAAGAAGGAGAAAGAAGAGGCGGCUGUGGCGGAGGAGGGCUUCCCGGAGGAUGCGUUUGGAAAGGAGCUGCUAGGAUUCACCGGCGGAUUCCCCGGCGGCGAGACGGGGCUGCAGAAGUUCAUCGAGGAAAACCCUCCGCCGGCGGCGAGUAGUUCCGGUGGGUUUGAUCUGAGGCAGGUGAAGAAACCGAAGCCGCCUGAACUGCCUAUGCUGUUGCCGGGGAUGAUUGCCAUCGUGAAGAACCCGGAGAGCCCUUAUCACAUGUACUGCGGCAUCGUGCAGAGAAUCACCGACGGCAAGGCCGGAGUGCUGUUCGAAGGUGGGAAUUGGGAUAGACUGAUCACGUUCCGAUUGGAUGAGCUGGAGCGCCGGGAGAAAGGACCUCCCAUGGUCAAUCCCAGGUCUGCUAUACUUGAAACCAUGGUAGAGAAGAGCUCAGAAGCUUAGCUAGCUUCAGCUCCAGGCAUUGCUUCCAUUUUGUAAAUAGUAGCUUUGAAGUUUGAGGUGUUAAUACUAAUGACUUUGUAAUCUGCAUCAACGUAAUGAAUUUCAGAAAUGCAAAAUGGGUUGAAGCAUCAA